AUGGAUAACAUACCAACACCACUAAAGGCGAUAUCCCCUUAUCUAAAGCAAGCUAAACAACUUGAGAAGCAUGAUCUUGUUAUGUCCUACUACUGCAAGCUCUAUGCUCUGCAGUUGGCAGUCGAGACCAAACAAAAGCUUGGACCUUCAGGCAGCUCCUUGUCUCCCUUUAUUGUAAAGAUAUUGGAUAGUGCUGAGACUGAUAAGAAGAAGCUUGGACCCCAAUUGGAUGAGGAAGGGAUGGAACUGGACUAUGUGGAGGGAUUUGCAAUGAAGGCAUUUGGUCAUGCAGACACAGAGGAUAGAGGUGGUCGAGCUACAAAAGCAACUGCAACCACCUUCUACUCUGCCUAUCUUUUCUUUGACAUCAUGAAGCAGUUCAACAGUGAACUGCCAGAGGAUAUCAAGCAGAAACAAAAGUAUGCUGGUUGGAGAGCAGCAGAGAUCAACACUGCAAUCAAGAACGGUGUGCAACCAUCCCCACCACCUUCAAUCGACGAUGAUGAGGAUAUACUCAAUGAAACAAACCAAGAAUCUGAUCUAUUGAACCAACAACAGAACACGUUCCCUUCAUUCCCAUCAUCAACAGCAUCUGGCAACGAUGCAUCUACUUUCCCAACGUUCCCAUCGUUUCAACCAACAUCACAACAGCAAAGUACCUCCCCCAAUUUUCCUUCAUUCCCAUCAUCGUUCAUGACCGAUCACAAUGAGCCUGCAUUUCCUUCCUUCCCUUCAACGAAUUCAUCCGAGCCUCAGUUCCCAAGCUUCCCAUCAAUACCAAAGGUAGAUAGUAAUUCAGGUAGUGCACCUCCUUCAUUCCCUUCGUUCCCACAGAAUGGCGCAAAUAGGUCUCUGAAUGAUUCCCCUCCAUCUUUCCCAUCAUUCCAGCAGACAAAGCCAACAAAUGAUUCACCAACCUUUCCUUCUUUCCCUUCUCCCAGUGGUGCCACUACCAAUCAACAAAAUGAUAUCUCAUUCCCAUCAUUUCCAAACCAAUCAUCUCCUACAUAUCCUUCCAAACAAAAUGUCAAUAGCUCUCCUCCUGCAUUCCCAUCAUUCCCUUCUAAUGAUCAAAGCUAUCAACAGCAGCAGUAUCAACAGCAACAGCAACAGCAACAGCAGCAGCAGCAACAGCAACAACAACAGCAGCAACAGCAGCAACAGCAACAGCAACAGCAACAGCAACAGCAACAGCAACAGCAACAGCAACAGCAACAGCAACAGCAACAGUAUCAGCAGAGACAGCAACCAAAUCAACAAUCUCCACCUUCCUAUUCGUUGUCCAAGCAAACUCCUCCUCCACAACAACAACAGCAACAGUACCAGCAACAACAACAACAAUCGCAACAAUCUCAAAGAGUUCAACCACAACAACCAUUCCAACAAUAUCAAGGUUCAACCUUUGAACCUUCAGAGGAUGACAAGACAAAGGCAGAGAAAUACGCAAAGUGGGUCGUCAGCUCUCUCCAGUACGACGACAUUGCUGCGGCUGUAAAGAAUCUCAAGCUCUCAUACAAAUAUCUCACUGGCCUUGAUAUAUAA